GACUUCAUGGUCGAUUCAAAGUUGUAUAAAAGUGUCAAUGCAAUGUCAACGUGAGGUGCCAAGUGAUAAAAUCGUUGUGGAAACGGUUUGGCGAAGCAAAUUGCUUGUUUUGCGAGCUGAGUCAUUCUAGCAGACUUACGAUGUGCGCGGCGAUAGACAUGCUAUCAUCAGAACAGCUGUUCUACGGACACAGUCCGCCCGCGGGCUUCCUCACGGACUAUACAGUGCGCCGGCCGAACAUAUCGAAGAUCACCACCGUCACUAGAGGAUUCUCAUCGCCAUGUUUACCCGCAUCUAUGACGCUGAAGCCGUUACAGCUUACUUUAAAGGCAGCCCCGAGAUCGUGCUUAAGAACGACGGAGAACAAGAAGAAGCGGGUAGUAUUCGCUGAUGAUAGAGGGUACGCUCUAGAACAAGUCAAGUUCAUGACCGAGCCCUCUCAUGUACCACCUUACUGGGCCUUGAAGAUCGUAGCCAGUCCCACGCUAGAGAGAAAACCACCACCCCAACCACCGCAAGACGUGUGGGAGAUCAGAUUCGUCCAGCCAGCGUCAGACUAUCUCGAGUUCAGACGAAAAAUAAACGAAGACUGCGUUACACUUGAAAACGUCAUCCUCAAACAGAACGAAUGUGCAGUUGACGGAACCGUUAAAGUUAAAAACCUGGAUUUCGCUAAAGAAGUGUUUGUGCGAACGUCAUCCGAUGGCUGGACGACCAGCGAAGACACGUACUGCGCCUUCGUGGAAUCCGGUCCUCUGAAUCAGCAGGGAGUCUCUGCGUACGAUACGUUCGGGUUCAGAAUACAGUUGCCAAUACACUCGCGAAGGCUAGAUUUCUGCGUCGGCUACCGCUGCCAAGGAAAGGAGUAUUGGGACAGCAACAAAGGUCAGAACUACACCAUCGAGAAGUCCUCAGUCCGGAAAACGCCUGCGGUAUCUUGCGCUAGGAUAAAAUUCGGGAACUCCUGGAGUGCCCGGGCAGAUCUAAACGGAAACACACCGUACUGGUGAAAGACACUAGCUUCGCUUGUGGAUUUAGUUGCCUGUCGGCUUUACUGUGAUCUAAGUGCCAUUGAAGUGCCAAGUCAAGACUGGAUCCGUAGGUAUGUAUGAGAGACAUCAUUCACGAUCGUGACAGCGGAGGGCAGUACGCUUUGACACUUGACUGUUGAUAGCACGGAGAUAUGCCCGUCUAAUUAAUGUGGGUAUAAUUGGAUUUCCGUGGAAAUUUCCGUCGAUUGAACAGGAGUCUAUAAAUAGAUAAAUUGUCCUAUAAUAUUAAUUUCUAUUUAUUUAUUUAAAUACUCGUUUCGUCCUCUUCUAUCAGAGGCAAAGCUGUGAAAAUAUGUUCCUCAUUAAUCGAGUUUUAGUAGAAAAAACAGCCUAUAAAUUUUACGGUCAAGUUGUACUUAUUAUCAAAAAGUCUGAAGGAAUAAAAGAGCAACCAACAAACGAGUUUUGACUGAGACCCGUUUAGAUCAUUCAUUACACAAAAUUAAUUUUGCCAAACUUAAACCGGUUGCUAUAUUUUAUUUUUACUAAAAAGUUGCAUCGAAAGGACAACUUGUUUACAACAUUAAAUUAAUUAUCAAUUUAAAAACCUUGAAUAACUGUUGCAAAGUAGUUCCGUUGUAUCUUGCUGUAAAUACCUAUAGCUCCGUUUCCGACGUGAUUAAAAAUUUGAUUCGGUGACACAGACACUGACACUAGUAGUGAUAACUGAUAGACGAAUUUGUUUUGUAUCUUAUGCGUGAUUCACUGUGACUAAUAUUAUGUUGUUAUAGUGAUUAUCAGUAUCACUUAAAAAUACACGUAUCCAUGCUAUCAACAGAAUCUCAUUUAGAAAAUGCGAGAACUCGCAUGCGAGUUUCAUUACAAAGCGGGUUUUGAUCGGCCGGUUGAAUUGGACGUAACCAACAGUCCGCAAUGUAACUAGAAUCGCAUGUGAAUUCGCGCGCCGUCUAAACCUGCCCUUAAAUUCAAAAAUAAGCCAACAAUAAUUAUAAAAGACUUAUUUUUACAAGUUUAUCAAUAUCUUGAAUCAUAAUCGAGAAUAAUCCGAAAUUGUAUUUCUUUGGAUAUAAACGAGCAAAUUAAAAAUUUUAGGUGAAGAAUCUAUUGUCUCUGACAUUUUAUGACUUUGCUAUUUUUAAUGUUAGGGUUUUUCGUGAAACGUAAACAUUCCUUUAUGUCAGAAAGUUUAAGGAUUUUGCGUAUUGGUUUCCAAAGAUAUACAAUAUAUACUCAAACACACCCAGCUUGUCAGUCGAAAAAGGCGCGAAAUCCAAAUUUUCUAUAGGAGAUCAACCAUUCGCGCGUACAUUUUAAUUUUUUGCCGCCUUUAUACUGACAAAGUGGUUGUGCCAGAGUAUAUAUCAUAUAUAUGAACGCGAAUAAUUGUAAGUAGGUAGGAAAGAAAUAAUUAAUUUAUGCAAUGCAUGUGUCUCGAUUUAAAAGACUCGUCCCUUGUUUUCUAAAAACGUGGACACCCUAGAAUUUUGAAUGAUAUUUGAUAUGCGAUCACCCUGUUUAUUACUAUUAUAAUAAUAGCAACCAAGGGUUGGUUAGGAUUUAAAGUAAAUAGUAUUACUGUUAAUAAUUCAGAUAUUGCGGUCAGAUAGUUAAUGUAUCAAAGCAUUAAUUUAAACCCUUAAUAUACCUUAAAGAGGUUUGACCAAUUAAAUACUUUAUUAUUGUCAAUAAUAUUUAUAAUACGACUAUAAAAUACCUAGAAUUAGAUCAAGAAAAGUCUGCAACGAUUUUGAGAGCAUACGAAGUGCAAGUGUUAUUUAUACGUCAUAAUUUCAUAGAAGUUUGACGUCUUAAAUAACACUUGCAGUGCGUGUGUUAUCAAAAUCGUUGCAGACUUUUCUUGGUCUAACCCUACUGAUGUUCCUCGCAUUAGAUGUAGAAUUGUAGAUAAAGUAUUUAAGAUGUUAAAUGUUAAAGUGCCAAAUGUUUUACUUCAUAUGAAUGUAUUUAAAUCGAUUAAUAACUUAAUAUGGCUGUAUAAAUGAAGCGUUAUGUUUUUACCUAAUACUAUGUAAUUUAAGGUCUCGAAAAUCGCUGACAAAACUGUUUAUAUUUUUUAAGUCAGUUAUGUCAUUUGUUUUAUAAAAUUAAACUAUUAUUCAACUCAAGCAACCAAUAUAAUAGUUAUUUUAAUGUUAUAUUUCUCUUCAAAAGAGUAAGAAUAAGUAGCUUUUAUAUUAAUUAUAAUUUUGAAUACGAAUUAUGAAAAACGACAAGCACACAUCACUUUUGAAUACGAAUUAUGAAAAACGACAAGCACACAUCACUUUUGAAUACGAAUUAUGAAAAACGACAAGCACACAUCACUUUUGUUAGUGCAAAAAUGUCAUUGUGUGUUUUUAUUUAUUAUUUUGAAACAUUUACCGAAUUAUUGUAAAAUAUUUCAUUGUACAUUUUUAUUUUGUAGCCUUAUAGAUUUUGUGAGAUAUGUAACGGUCGGUGUACACAAAAGGUCGCAUGAAAUAACGAAAAAUGGAAUUGAAAUCAAAUGAUGGAACUGUGAAAUCAAAUGAAAGUAAUUUAUUGAACUGAAUGUUUUUAUAUUUUUGAAUAUUCAAUUAUUUUUUUAUCAAGGGGUUGUUAUAAAUUAUAAUGUAUGGAGGGAUGUAUGUUUUAAUGAAAGAACUGAUUAAUUUAGUUAUUAAUUUAUAUUUUUGUACAGGUAAUUAUAGAAAAAUGUUAAUUUUUUAGUUAAUUUUUACGUGAAUCGGUAUGUAAAUAUUGACCACUUUUUUCUAUAAAAAUAAAAAAAAUCAAAUUA